CCUCUUGCCGUUAUCAAUGUUCAUAUAACUGCCGUCCAAAUCUGCUUUUCGCGCGCGACCGUCCUAUCCCUACAAAUUAACACCUCGUUAGAUGUGACAAGUUGAAAUUUGUAGGGAGAUUAAGUGAUUUUUGUGGUGGCUAAAAUCUUGAUACCACAAAAUUGGAAUGAAGUGUGAGUUGAAAGCGGGCAAAGUAUGGCAUCCGGCACUUUUCUUCGGAUAUUUAAAAGCAAUCAAAUUUGACCAAAUAAAAUCAUUUAAUAAAGUAGGAAUUUUGCACUAUAACAGAAAACAAGGAAUGUCAAAUCAGAAUGGAACCACGUCGUCAGAUCUGCGAGAGGCAUUCUUGGGAGUGUACUCCGUACUGAAAUCUGAGCUUUUGAAUGAUACUGCUUUUGAAUGGACUGAUGAUUCUCGUCAAUGGGUAGAACGGAUGUUGGACUACAACGUACGUGGAGGAAAGUUAAACCGUGGUCUGUCUGUCAUCGAUAGCUACAAGUUACUAAAAGAAGGCAAAGAGCUAACCAGAGAUGAAGUUUUUCUAGCUAGUGCACUCGGUUGGUGUAUUGAAUGGCUUCAGGCUUAUUUUCUUGUCCACGAUGAUAUUAUGGAUGGUUCUCAUACGAGACGUGGUCAACCAUGUUGGUUUCGAUUGCCCAAGGUUGGUCUAAUAGCUUUAAAUGAUGGAAUCAUACUUCGGAACCACAUUGCUAGAAUUCUCAAGAAGCACUUCAGAGAAAAGCCUUAUUACGUGGAUCUAAUAGAUUUGUUCAAUGAGGUCGAGUUCCAAACUGCUUCAGGACAGAUGAUUGAUUUGAUUACAACUCUUGAAGGAGAAAAAGAUCUAUCAAAAUACUCAUUGCAACUUCAUCGGCGAAUUGUUCAAUAUAAGACUGCCUACUACUCUUUUUACCUUCCGGUUGCCUGUGCAUUGCUUAUGGCUGGUGAGAACUUAGACUACCAUGUAGACGUGAAGAAUGUACUCAUUGACAUGGGAAUUUACUUUCAAGUACAAGAUGAUUACUUAGAUUGCUUCGGAGAUCCUGAAAAGAUCGGAAAGAUUGGAACGGAUAUUGAAGAUUUCAAGUGCUCAUGGCUCGUUGUAAAAGCCUUGGAACACUGCAAUGAAGAACAAAAGAAAAUUUUAUUCGAGCAUUAUGGAAAAGCAGAUGCUGCUGAUGUAGCGAAAGUCAAAGAACUUUAUAAUCAUAUUGAUCUUAAAGGCGUGUUUGCAGAUUAUGAAGACAAGAUUUAUGAGAGAUUAACUAGCUCCAUUGAAGCCCAUCCGAGUACAGCACUUCAGGCUGUGUUGAAGUCCUUCUUGGGGAAGAUAUACAAGAGGCAGAAGUAAGAGGUGUUUAGAAGAUAUCAAUGAAGCUAAAGAAUCCCAAUUCAUGUAUCGCUUUGUAUUUGUAUUCUUGUUGCUGGGGAAAAACAGUUGCCUGAAUUCUUGUUUGUAUUGAUUGUUAUUAUGUUUGUGGUUAUCAAUUUCAUUGGCAAGGAUAAUGUACCCCACUUCUGGCACCACUUUGAAUCUGAGUGAUAAGGUGUUUUAGCUUUC